AUACCUUGUGUCGAAUAUGUAACCCAGGUUAUCUGGCAUGUACCAAAACUUUAACGGCUAUUCAUGGCUCUUAAAAAGAACUUUAAACCAUCUAUAUUUUGGAAGCACCCAAGUGACCUUGGCAAACCCAGAUCCCUCUGGAAUUUGAAGUUUUAGAAAAUCAACACUAAGCGUUUGGCACGCCGAACAAACUCCAAUAUGAAUGUCUCACACGGUAUAUUUAACCGGACCAUCUCUACAGCCAAGAAUACCUUGGAAAGCGUGCGAGGAUGCUGCAACUUCUCGGUGAUCACGAGCGACGGCUUCGGCGCGCCGCUGCAGGAGGAACGCGACCAGUUCAUCAUGCGUCUGGUGCAAAUAGCGGUUCUCUGUGUGCUGUCCCUGACUGUCAUUUUCGGCAUCUUUUUCCUCGGCUGCAAUCUGCUCAUCAAGUCCGAGAGUUUGAUAAACCUGCUGGUGGAGGAUCGCAGACCUUCAAAAGAUGCGGAAAUUAUCAUGAUUGCUGCAUGAGUUUGUGUGUCAUUAAUCUCACUACAGUGACUUAACAGGCAGAGACUGAUGGCAAGUGAGGGUUUGAUCUUCCUGCCAACUAGAUGGAAUUUGUACACAUAUGACCCUGGACAUCAGCCUGCAUGUUGCUGACAAUGGAUGAUCUCUAGACCGGUUCUUGUCUGUUAAAUGUCUUGUGUCUUCACUUUCCACAGUUUUUAUCAAGGCAACAUUAAGGCAACUGAAAUUAUGAGUAGAGAACGAUGAGACAUACAUUAAUGAAUCCAUUUUGAAACAGCGGAUGGACAAGAAAAUAUUACAUUUUCUAAAGAAUGUCAAUUCUCUCUCUCUCUCUCUCUCUCUCUCUCUCUCUCUCUCUCUCUCUCUCUCUCUCUCUCUCUCUCUCUCUCUCUGUCUGUCUGUCUCUCUCUCUCUCAAACUGGGCUCCUUUGUUGAAUAAUUUGCAUCUAUAUAACCCAAAUAAUUGGGUUUUUCUUGAUGGGUUUUGGAAAGAUCAUUGUAAACUUGCAUGUAAAUGGAUUAAAAAUCAAUUAAACGUU